AGCUUCGGUUCUCCACUCGUCAGCUCUCUGUACACCAGCAGGCUCAGCCACAACGCUUUCUCUACGAUGGCCGAUCGCUCAUCUGAACAAGUAGUAUUCAGCAAGCCGAAGGUUGAGCUGCAUGUGCACCUGGAUGGAGCCAUCAGGGUGCAGACCAUUAUGGAUGUUGCCAAGAGGCGUGGUAAAACUCUGCCUGUGAAUACUGUGGAGGAGAUGAAGAAGAAGAUCAUUGUUGAAGAGCCUGGCACCCUCACUAGUUUCUUGGAAAAGUUCAACGAGUAUAUGCACGUAAUUGCUGGAGACCGAGAGGCCAUUAAAAGGAUAGCCCGUGAGUUUGUUGAAGACAAAGCCAAAGAAGGAGUGAUUUAUGUUGAAGUUAGAUACAGCCCACAUUUUCUAGCUAACAGUGGAGUGAAGCCAAUUCCAUGGAACCAGGAAGAGGGCGACCUGAGCCCAGAUGAGGUGGUGAGACUGGUUAACGAGGGCCUCAGCGAGGGGGAGAGAGAGUUCAAAAUCAAAGCCAGGUCCAUUCUAUGCUGCAUGCGCCACAUGCCAAGCUGGUCAAAGGAUGUUGUGGAGCUGUGUAAGAAAUAUAAGGAUGAGGGAGUGGUUGCCAUUGAUUUGGCAGGUGAUGAGUCUCUCAACUGUGAAGCCAAUCCUGAACACAUGGAGGCCUAUGAGGAAGCAGUACGCUGUGGGAUCCACAGGACAGUUCAUGCUGGCGAGGUGGGGCCGGCCUCUGUGGUGAAGGAGGCUGUGGAAGUGCUGAAAGCUGAACGUGUUGGACACGGUUACCGCACUCUGGAGGACGACGACCUGUACAAAAAACUGCUGGCUCAAAACAUGCACUUUGAGACGUGUCCUAUUUCGAGUAAGCUAACAGGUGCCUGCAACGCAGACUUCACCACACACCCCGUCAUCACGUUCAUGAAAGACAAAGCUAACUACUCUCUGAACACAGAUGACCCUCUGAUCUUUAACUCCAACCUGCAUCACGACUACCAGACAGCACACCAACACAUGGGAUUCACCGAGGAGGAAUUCAAACGACUGAACAUUUGCUCUGCACAGUCAAGCUUUCUACCUGCCAAGGAAAAGGAAGAGCUGCUUAAAACACUCAAUGAGGCCUAUGAGAUGAUCCAGAGCACUGCCUUUUAACCCUGACCAGUAAUUCUGAGGAGAAACCUAAAGCAGGGACAAAUCACUCUGAGACCUUAAUCUUCCAUGUGAUGCAGUGGAACAUGUUUUUAGUCAUUUGUAACCCAACAAACAACAUACACAGAAUAUUACAUCAGAUAUGCUGUUUACCAAUGGGAAGCAUCCUUCAUCUUACAUACCUGUAUAUCAUCUGUUUGUGUAUUUAGCAACAUUGCAUCUGAUUACAAGGUGCAAGCACAAAAACCACAAAAAUCAGAAACUAUACAUAAUUUAAAUUUGGCUGUGCUUUUUUUUUUUUUUUUUUUUACCUUCUUGCACAUCUCUAGAUCGCUUCCAGCACCACUGCUAUUUUUAUAUUGUUCCAUAGAAGGCCCAUUGUGUACGCUUGUGACUUUCACCACAGACCUCCAACAGAGAGAAAACAUCAGCUGUGAUGGCACACGUGGCAUUAAAGGCACAGAAGAUUUUUUUUUUUUAACACAAAAAACACAAAAUCUUCACUCAAAACCAGCCCUGGUUACCAGAAUUGGCUCCCUGUGGCUUCAUCUGCCUCGUAAAAUGAAAAUCUAAUUGAAGGUGUCUGGGCUAACUCUAAAAUGACAGGGAGAGGAGCUCAUACAUGGUGGAGCUACUCUUUUGCAUUGAACAGAUCUCACUGAGGUGGUUCAGGCAGAUUCAGGAAACACCAGAUUGUCUCUCAGUUGGCUUAGGAAAACACUGGAAGCUGUAGGAGGAGCAUAUACUGCAGUGGUAGGAAGACAAGGGGACAGAAUAAGAUGUCUAUGAAGGAAUCUAAAAACAGCAGCUGUGCUGGAAGUGGUAAAGAGAUGCAGAAGAAGAUAACCUUGAAAGGAAGAAUACCCAAAUGUACACUUGGGUUUUUUGCAUUUUUAUGGGCCGGAUCCCAGAUUUCUUUUUAAUCAUACUUAGUAUUUGCAUAGCUUUAAUGUGUUAGUUAUGGGUGCUUGUUUUGGACAUAGUCAGGGUCCCCUGCUGUGUCCAAAAAUAUAGAAUGAAACAUAUUGUCUUAUAUCAGAACUUUGGAUAUACAGGGUGAAUCAAAAAGAAUCAUCCGAUUUCAAUGUGCUUUAAUUCUGCAGCCGUUUACUCCAGACACGUUCGCAAAAGUGUGGGAGGAGUUUGACUCUCGUACGGACAUACGCUGCGUGGCCCGAGUACGACACAUUGAUCACUUGUGAACGUUUUAUAUGUAAAAUUUUAUAUUCAGCCAUAUAUUUUAAACUUUACUGCAAGCGUCUAUGUCCAUUGUUUAAACGAAAAUAGCCUUUUGAAAUCGGAUGAUUUUUUUAAUACAUCCUGUAUUUAUCAUCUUGUGUUUACAUCCUUUUGUUGUAAGGAGAAUCAGGGAAGCAUUGAAUGCACAAUUACACUUCUAAGUAACAGGUUUAACACAUAACCAGACUGGAAAAGGAAAAAUAGGGGAGGUUAUUUGUAGUUCACACCUUAAACGUUCAUGUUUGAAGAAAACAAUGACAUGAAGGAUAACUGAAAGCAGUGGAGGCUAAGAACUGCAAAAUAUAGUUCACUUUCAAUAUCCACUGUUCAGUUGCAGGUGAAGUAUCGUAAUCCAGUGUUAGAGACAUGUGCUUUUUCCCUUGUAUGUGCAAAACUUCAGGGCGUGUCAGGCAAACACAGCUCAAUACCAAAAGUUUAGCCUUACAUGUGUACACUAGGUGGCACACUACUGUUACCUAGAUAGACAACAUCUGACUAUGGUUUUGCAUUUGAUAACUACUCUCUUUACUCUUGUUUGAUGUAUGUAUUUAUUAAAAAUUUUUAAAAAAGCACAUCCAUUUAUAACCACAUUUAUGGAAUUUAUAAGAAAACAAAAUAAAAGCUACUAUAAAAUGUU